AUGCCUCCACGCGGUGCCGUGGUGUUUGAAAAACACUACCAGGCCAUCUUCGGCGACAGGUGGGCAAAGUUGCGGGAGUGCUUGAAGGCGCCGGUGCAGCAUGUUGCACGACUCAACGGCUUCGCACGGGAUGAGGCGCUCACAUACUUGCCAGACGAUGCCAAGCCCGUGCAAGGGCUGCCGGACUGCUUCGUCGCCCCACACUUUGAGCCGCCACAGCCCAUGGCAGAGAGCGGGCUCAUGCCCUACUAUCUCAUGGACGGCGCCAGCAUAUUCCCAGCGCUUGCCCUCGACGUCGAAGAGGGCGACUGCGUCCUCGACAUGUGUGCAGCGCCUGGUGGCAAGUCUCUCAUUCUGGCGGAACACUUGGGAGACAGAGGCCUCCUGACGUCCAAUGACCCGUCUGCUGCUCGGCGCGCUCGCCUUGGCCGAGUGUUGAGAGAGUACAUCCCCGCACACAUCCAUGCCGCGUGUGUUCAGGUCACGGGCCACGACGGUGCAAAGUGGAACCGCUUUGAGCAGAAUGCAUUUGACAAGAUCCUCCUUGAUGCCCCUUGCUCUUCUGAUCGACAACAUGUGCAGCACGUGUUGGAGGAGUCAAAGCAGCUGAAGGAGUGGUCUGGUAGCCGCAUCAAACAGAACGCAAAGCGACAGGAGGAUAUGCUCGUCGCAGCCAUCGACAUUGUCAGGGUUGGCGGGCGGAUCGUGUACAGCACGUGCGCGCUCUCCGGAUACGAGAACGACCGCGUCAUCCACCGCGUCCUCAAGCGCAGGAAGGACCAGAUCAAGGUGGUGCAACCGCAAGAGCCCGUUGUUGGUGACAAGACCAAGUAUGGCGUGCAUAUCCUCCCCGACUCAACGCAGUGGGGGCCCAUCUUUUAUGCCGUCCUUGAGAGAGUCGCGUAG